AUGCAGCGACCAGCGACGCGCGCCACCCGACACCUGGCGGCGGUACCAGACCUCGAGGAGGUUGAGGCGGCGACGAAAGGCCUGGGGAACUGGAAGGCGGUUGGUCCCGACCUCCUUGCCGCCGAACUGCUCAAGGUCGACGGCGACGACGAGCCAGUUGUACUGGAGCGCCUCCGUGCCAUCUUCGUCGAAGUGUGGAAUGGGGGAGAGAUGCCGCAGGAGUGGAAGGAUGCCAUCAUUAAGGUGCUGUACAAGAAGGGUGACCGUUCGAACUGCAACAACUACAGGGGCAUCUCGCUGCUCUCGCAUGUAGGCAAAGUACUCGCCAAGACCAUCACCAACCGCCUGAGCGCAUUCUGCGAAGCCAACGAAAUCCUCCCGGAGGAACAGUGCGGGUUCCGGCCUGGCCGAUCCACGGUAUGCAUGCUGUUCGUUGUGCGCCGACUCCAGGAGCUGGGGCGGAGGAGGAGAAUCCCGCUCUACAUGUGCUUCAUCGAUCUGCAGAAGGCAUAUGACUCGGUGGACCGGGAGCUACUGUGGAAGGUGCUGGCCCGGGCCGGGAUCCCCGGGGAGAUGAUCGCCGUCAUCCGCAAGUUCCACGUCGGAAUGCGGGCCCGGGUCCGCACGGACGAUGGGGAGCUAUCGGACUGGUUCCCGGUCACGCAGGGAUUACGACAAGGGUGCUCAAUGUCCCCACUGCUGUUCAACGUCUUCUUCGCAGCGCCUCUCGAGAUCAUUGUCACACGGUUCAGCCAAGAUGAGGUUAUCGUGCGGGACCUAGUGUACUUGAAGGAGGAGGAACGGAGGGGGGGGGGAUUGCUGGACCGAGUCCGGAGGGCGGUGUGGGGGAUGCUAUAUGCCGACGAUGCCGGCGUUGUGUCGAAGUCCGCCGACGGCCUGGCGAGGAUGAUGACCAUUAUCGUGGAGGUGUUCCGGGAGUUCGGGCUGACGGUGUCGGAGAGGAAGACGGAGACCCUGGUGAUGCGGGUGAAGGAGAGACAGCGACCGCCGCCGCCGCCACCGCCGGUGCUGACCAUCGAAGCAGCGGGGCAAAGGUACGCACAGACGACCGAGUUCCGAUACCUGGGCGGCCUCGUCAACGAGCAGGGCGACCUUACCCGAGAGAUCAACCACAGGAGCAAAGCAGCGUGGGCGUGCAUUAGGCGAUACGCCACGGAGCUCUUCGACCGACCGGGAGCACCGUUUCGCCUCAAAGCCCGCCUGCUCCAGGCGGAGGCAGUGGAGGCACUGCUAUACGGCUGCAUGACAUGGUCCCCACGCCGCAACCACUACGGAAUGCUGCAGACGACACACCACCGGCUACUCCUGCGAGUCAUCGGCUACCGGCGCAAACGAGGCACCUACCGGCAGCUGUCAUACGCCCAGGCGCUGAAGAGGGUCGGCUGCCAGAGCGUGGAGGCCACUGUCCGUCAACGGCGCCUGCUCUUUGCGGGGGCCGUGGCAAGACAGCCAGACGGGCGGCUUCCGAAACGGCUGAUGUUCGGCGAGUUGGUGGGAGGGGAGAACCCGGGCCGGGGAAGCCCGGAGCAGAACUGGCUGAUAUGCCUGAAGGACGACCUGAAGAUGUUCGAAGCCAGACACGGCUCCACGCCCGACAAGCGGAGCUUCUUCGGAAUCCCGAAGCCAGACUGGGACGAGGCGGCGAAGGUGGAGGGGGGGGUACCGUGGCACGCGGGGGUGCUACAGGGAGCUGAGAGGUUUAUGGCCUCUUGGCACAAGGGCGAGGAGAAGGCCAGCCGACAACGAGCCAUCAAACGAGGAGACAGCGGGCCCAAAACUAGUCUAGAUACGGCACCAAUCAACGGGGCGGGAGGGGGGCGGGAGGAAAUGGCGCGGGAAGAAAGCAAGCGAGAAGAGACCGACCGCGUGACGUGACAUGUUGCGGUUGAAUUUCAGCGACUAGUUUUUCUGUUGCCCUCUCCCCCGUUUGCUGUCGCGUUCAGACUGUCUCUACGGAUAUUCCUGUCUCUGUGCGAGUUUGUUUAUGUCUUCGUCUGUCUUUAGUUUAUUUCGUUUUUUUUUGUUUUGUUGUUUUACUGGCACGUACUGCUGACCCUUGAGGUCCUUCCGGAAGGCUACCCCCUAGGCUGGUGGUGCGUACGUUCCACGAUUUUUUCAUUUAUUUGUUUCUGAUUCUUUUUUUGUUUUCUCGUAUUUUAUCGCUCUGCUAACCCUUGGGGUCCAUUCUAUUUUGGUAAACCUUUUCUAGGUACGUUAGCCUGUGACCACGGAAAUUGACCGAGUCCAGUGCUGGAUUAGUACGGAGAGAUUAAGACAGAAGGAGGUACUGGAUAGAGAGACCGGGAUGGUUAUUAAUGUGAAGACAACUGCUGACCCUUGGGGUCCUUCCGGAAGGCUACCCCCCAGGCUGGUGGUGCGCACGUUCCACUAUUUAUUUAUUUAUUUAUUUGUUUCUGAUUUAUUUGUUUUCUUGUAUUUUAUCGCUCUGCUUACCCUUGGGGUCCAUUUUAUUUUGGUAAAUCUUUUCUAGGUAGUAGAAACCAAAAACAAAACUACAAAUCGCUUUCCACAGAAACCUGCGCCUGAAGACAGCGCGUUUGCCGGUACUUUUGGUCUUCGGAACAACCACCGGUGUUGUUGUUGUUGUUGUUGUCUUCACAUUAAACCGUAUGUCAGUUGCUAAAUGCCAAAAUCUAGCAAAGACUCUCAGCCCGUGGUCACGAAAGUGCUAGAGCCAUCUGAGGAUCUAAAGAACACGCACACGUAUAACGAGAAAAAGGUAUCCAAGAGCCCGAAGAGGUACACCUAAAAAUCCCUGCAGCACCGUGUGCGUGCCCAAAAACUGAAGAACUGCACGUCCGUCCCACCGUUCGACUACAGUAGCAUCAUCCCCUCCCUGUCCCACUCUAUACCAAAACGGAAGAGUGCCGACUACAGCAUACUGCUGUCUGAAGUGCUGUCUGUACAAAAACACCAUGGUAGGCAUGGAACAAGCAGCUGGCGGGGCACAAAGCUGCUGUCUGAAGUGCUGUCAGAAUGUGUCUGCGGCCGUACAGUGAAAAAGUACAACCAACCAAAGCCAUCAUAGUAGCAAUUGACCAUCACCCGAAUCUCUCCCGAUCGUCUGCGUUAGGCACGCAGUGAAAAUAUCGACAAUAGCUAAGAAUCGUUCCACAUUGAAGGGGUCUUCCACGAUCAGGCACAUAACCAAUGCACCCGGGUUAGCCACGCCAUCUCUGACGGGUCUCUCAACAAAGCCGGUGACGAUGUCAUCACACAAAACACAAAACCAACACGGAAAGUCAGAAACCAAACAAAAAAAAAUGACAACACAGAUAGAAAUGUUUGUCCGUGCGCCACGGGUCGAUGUCGCCCGCAUGCUCCGGUGCCAUUGCUCCAUCCGGCGCCGCUGUAGUCAGCCCGAGCAAAACGCCACUCGACCUGCUCCGUCCGUUUACGCUCUCGUUGCUGUCCUUCCCAGUCCGUUCCUCGCUUUCUCCCUCAUUGCACUCCAGGUUCUUGGUCUCGGGACGAAUGGUCAACCAGCCUAGUUCAGCUCGUCGCCACCUGCUCCCUCCUCCUUUGAUGGCGAAGCCAGGUUACUGAGGCAAUACAGCUCCCUCUAGCAAACCUAGGGCCGUAUAGUGCCCGUCCACCUUUCUGAUGGUGUCUGCCUCGGCGCACAAAAAUGAGAUGGGCAUCACUACCUACGCCGACGGCCAGAAAGGCUCGCGCAUCUACAUUUUCCCGCCUGACCCCAUCAGUGCCGACCCAACUCCACCACCACACACACGCCUCGCGGCGGAUGCGCAGCAGCAAGAAGGUAUCGGUCAUCCCUUGAGGGUGAGUCUAGCCCUGCUCGCCAGAAUGACCCCCCCCUUCGCUACAAUCCAUGUCUAAGCAAAAGUUUGUCGAGGAGCGAGGGGAAGAAGGGAGAGUAUUGCAGAGAAACAAUUCCCUAGUUUAGGACUGACCAAACCUUUCUCAUAUAUUUGUAGGGACCGCGGACCACAAGUGGACGGCAGCAGCAAGUAUGUUGUGCAUCGUGGAAUGUUGGGCUUGUACAAUGACGCAGUUCAUCUUCGACCACACACGAAGGAGUUUGUUCGCACCUGUCGGAGUUUUGGAGGGCCCGAGUCAGUCUCAAGCAGCAGUAGGAAGGAGCGAACAGGCGCAGUGCCUCUCUACAGCUUUAGAAUCCGUCCUGCUCAAAUACUAUCCGAGAUGAUAAUGUAUCGCACAAAGGGUGGAUCCGAAUUGCCGGCUAGCUCCGAAAACCGGGAGAGGUGGAGGAGUAGCUCAGAGGAACGGCUCCGUGUGCGCCCCUUCGUUGUUGUUGUUGUUGUUGUUGUUGUGGUUGUUGUUUCUCACAUAAAAGCUCUAUAGUAGUGGAGUUAUGACUGAAUUGUUUUUCUUAAGGAGUUUUUUCCGCGCGCGAAGCGCGCGUGCGAAAAAAAAACGAGGGAUAGCGGUGUUUUUUUUCGCAAAAAAACUGUUUUAAUAGUUUAUUAUUUACGAAAAGUGUGGCCCGUUUAGGGGUACGUUUUUUGUUUUGCCAAAAAAAAGCUGUUUAGAGGGACCGUGUGGGGAGUAUGUUGUUGUUGUUGUUGUUGUUGUCGUCACGUUGAUAACCAUCCCGGUCUCUCUAUCCAGUACCUCCUUCUGUCUCAAUCUCUCCGUACUAAUCCAGCACUUGACUCGGUCAAUUUCCGUGGUCACAGGCUAACGUACCUAGAAAAGGUUUACCAAAAUAAAAUGGACCCCAAGGGUUAGCAGAGCGAUAAAAUACAAGAAAACAAAAGAAUCAGAAACAAAUAAAUAAAUAAAUAGUGGAACGUGCGCACCACCAGCCUGGGGGGUAGCCUUCCGGAAGGACCCCAAGGGUCAACAGUACGUGCCAGUAAAAAAGCAAAACAGAAACGAAAUAAACCAAAGACAGACGGAACAUAAACAAAACUCGCACAGAGGCAGGGAUAUCCG